AUGGCGGAAAAUACAUAUAACCAGGUUCAGUGCUGCUAUGGUGACAUCGCAAAACGCACCUCUGCCACAAGCACCCAACACAAUAGCGCCGACACAAUCGCCACGGCCUUUGGGUACAGCGCGAAGGAUCUCGGUUCACUCCCAGACAAUACAAAUUUAGGGCUAAGCUGCGGUAAUCCAGUUGCAUAUGCGAAUAUGCAGGAGGGAGAAACAGUUGUCGACCUAGGCAGUGGAGGAGGAAUUGAUGUUUUCCUGGCUGCUCGCAAGGUUGGGCCUCAAGGAAAGGCUAUUGGAGUCGAUAUGACCAAGCAUAUGAUUGAACUGGCGAAUAGGAAUGCCAAAUCAGCCGGCCUGUCCAAUGUACAGUUCAUCGAAGCGCUGAUCACCUCCAUCCCACUUCCAGACUCCAGCAUCAACUGUAUCAUCAGCAACUGCGUGAUCAAUCUUGUUCCCAGCAAGGACAAGCCAUCUGUAUUUUAUGAGAUUGCUCGUUUGCUGAAGCCUGGUGGACGGGUUGCCAUCAGUGAUAUUCUGGCGAGAAAGGAACUCCCGCAGAAUAUCGUUGACGAUAUGGCGCUCUACGUGGGCUGUAUUGCGGGUGCUAGCCAGGUUGCGGAUUAUGAGGAUUAUCUCAGACAGGCUGGAUUUCAAGGUACAUACCUAUUCUAUGUAUUGAUUGUCGAUGCCGAAACGGAUCUCAAUGUCUAUAAACAGUCGUCGAACCUGUCAGGCUGUUGCUCUACAGAUGAGUCUAAGAAAUCCACAGUCGACUAUGCUGCGAUUGACUAUAACGAGUGGGCUGGUGGGUUUACGGCUUCAUGA